AUGGUGAACGGCCACAUGUAUUUUCAUGCGGGCAAGGACAAGAAUAUCUCGUUUUUAUCGGGUGCUGGUGGUUCAAUAUUUUUUGGUGACAAAGAUCUCAGUCUGCUUCCGCAAUUGGUUAGCUGA